CUGCGAUAUCAAAACUUCUCGCCCUGCUCACCCAUUGUCUCUACCUAAUCCCACCCAACAUCACCAACCCGGUCUGUUGCCUUCAAUCGGACCCAGACAGCUUUAAUUCUGCGACAAGACACCAGUCGCAAUCAUGGCUGUUGGAAAGAACAAGCGAUUGAGUAAAGGAAAGAAGGGGCUGAAGAAGAGAACGCAAGAUCCCUUCACCCGAAAAGAUUGGUAUUCGAUCAAGGCUCCGUCUACAUUCAACCAACGAGAUGUCGGCAAAACCCUUGUGAACCGCACCACCGGUCUGAAGUCCGCCAACGACGCCCUGAAAGGCCGCAUCUUCGAAGUCUCGCUCGCGGACCUGCAGAACGACGAAGACCAUGCCUUCCGCAAGGUCAAGCUCCGAGUCGACGAGAUCCAGGGCAAGAACUGCCUGACCAAUUUCCAUGGGUUGGACUUCACCUCGGACAAGUUGAGGAGUUUGGUGAGGAAGUGGCAGACGCUGAUCGAGGCCAACGUCACCGUCAAGACCACGGAUGACUACCUUUUGAGGUUGUUCGCGAUUGCCUUCACCAAGCGCCGCCCCAACCAGAUCAAGAAGACCACCUACGCCGCCACCUCGCAGAUCCGGGCCAUUCGCAAGAAGAUGACGGAGAUUAUCCAGCGCGAGGCCACCAGCGUCACCCUCGCUCAACUGACCGGCAAACUCAUCCCCGAAGUCAUCGGCCGCGAGAUCGAAAAGUCCACCCAGGGCAUCUACCCGCUCCAGAACGUGCACAUCCGCAAAGUCAAGCUUUUGAAGGCCCCCAAGUUCGACCUCGGUGCCUUGUUGGGCCUGCACGGCGAGAGUGGCCAGGACGACGAGGGCCGGAAGGUCGAGAGGGAGUUCAAGGAGCACGCGCCUCUGGAGAGCGUGUAAGCUGGGGGGUUGCAUACGGGGUUAUUGCAUGUUACGAUGAAUGCGUGGGAAAACUGCUCGGGAAAGUAGUGGAGAGAACCCCAGAAAAGAGCAGAUGGUCUUGAAGGUGAAGGACGAAUCAAAAACACGAAAAGCAUAUGUGACAACCUUGAUGAGUCGAGGGGGACGAUGAUCGGGAGGGAGACGUGCGCCGUAUUAUCGAAGCUACCGCGUUCCUAGCUUGUUCUGUCCCAUGGUGUGCGAGAGCCUCCUUAGGAUCAACAUGCCUUGGAUGCGCUCUCUCUUGUCUGUGGCCCAAGAAGAAAAGCAAGAGCAAAUGAGAUGAGGGACGUGUGUCGGUGGGCGGAGGGAGUCAGGACAGAGUGGCUCUUGGUCGGCGCCCCCAUCUACGGCGCAAAUCAAGACAUGCUGGUGCUGAGAAACACGGGUUCAUGCUAGAUCACUGGGCAUUAGGCACAAGGCAUAGCAUUCUAGUUGUAGGGCCCUUGAUAUCGCACUGGAAAACAAGAAUUCAUCAAACCUUUCUGACACAACAUCAAUCGUACACGGUACGGGAGAAGGGGGAGAGCAAGG